GGAUUAGAUUUAUAUCAGAAGACGGAGUUCGCUCUCACUCCGUCUCGGGCGUCUCUCUCUGUAGUUCCCCCCCCCCGUCACUAGUGGCGAGUCGGAGAAGAAAAAGAGUUGCUCCCGGCUGCUUCGAAAUAGCAAAGAUGGUCAACGUCGCAGGAGCGCUGUGCGUUUUGGUCUUUUCCUUCCAGGCAGUCUUGGCGCAACCAACUGACAGCAAUCUCCCUCCUGAAGACCUGGACUCAUCUGGGGAUGAUUAUGACUCUUUUUCUGGAUCUGGAGCAGGUUCUUUGCCAGACCAUCUUGCGAUUGACCUGAAUGUUCCACUACUAGAAAGCAUGAAUACUUCAUUGAUGCCUGAAGUGUCAACUGGCUUGGGAGAUAACCAGCUUGUUCAGCAAACAGACAGCCCUACAGAAGACUAUUCAGGAGGACCUGCAUCCCCAACAAGCUUACAUUUAGUCCCAUUGAGUGAUCUGGUGACUGACAAGGCAGCAGUAGCUGCUGAAGAUGAGCUGGACUCACUUUCUGAACAAGCAACAACAAGGCCUCCAGUCAUAACAACAAGAAUCCCAGUCACUCAUCAUGUUUCCACAGUCAGAAUCACAACCUCUCAAGUUUCUAGCACACUCUUUGUUGAACCAGAAGUCUACCAUGAUGUCCAUCGUGUACCUAGCAUUGAUGAUAAAACACCUGCUUUGGACUUUGUACCAACUAGUGACAGAAGCCUGCAGACAAGUCCCACCACGACGUCCUCUGUUGUCCAUAAGGAAAUAUCUUCUUUGCCUGAUGAGGGAAUCUUACUAACUGAGGAGGGUUCUGGUAAUCGGGAAGACUUUACAUUUAAUCUACAUGAAGAAAAUGAAGUGCCAAAUGUCGUGGAAUAUGAACCAGAAAAUACAGCAUUGGAUACAGGAGCAAAGGAUGCAAAAUCUGCAGGAACCUCCCAAGGAAUAAUGGAUAGGAAAGAAGUUCUAGGAGGGGUCAUUGCUGGUGGACUUGUAGGCUUGCUGUUUGCUGGAUUCCUAGUUGGGUUCAUGCUGUAUAGAAUGAAGAAAAAAGAUGAAGGAAGCUAUUCACUGGAUGAGCCAAAACAAUCAAAUGGAGGCUAUCAAAAACCACAGAAACAAGAAGAAUUCUAUGCAUGAAUGAAAUGAACUUGAAAGACACUUCUGUCUCCUGGACAUCAUGAGUUCUUGCUGCAUUUUAAAGGGGGGGGGACUAAAAGCCAUAAGACUGAGUUUAAGCCUCUGCCUCCUUGCCGUUGGGAACUACUAUAUUUUUCCAAAGUCAAUCUGGAUUACUUAAAAACCCUUACCUGCUUUCUUGCACAAAGAUCACCUGUAAAGUGGAACCUUUGUCUUGUCUAAGGACUCCUAGGGAAAGAUAAGGAACCAAGUGUAUAUAGUCUUGACGUCUUAGGAAUGCGCCAAGAAAUUAGUACAGUAUAGUGUGUGUAUAUUAAAGAGAUUUCCCUACAACACGUAGUAGCUACCCAUGUGUGCUUUAGAGAAUGUCCUUUUCUUUUUUAAAAAGGCUAUGAUGUGGCUUUCAAGUUUUUUCCCUUUUCAGUGAUAACACUCAGUCACUUGCAGCUGAACUAUAGUGUAAGAAGGAAAGUCCUUCCAAAAAGUUAAAAGAUCUGCACAAAGUGAUGGAGUUGUUAAACUAUGGCUCUUGCCAGGUAAACAGUGUGAUUCCUCUAGAAUUCCAGUGGGAGAAAUUUUAUAUACUGUGCUUAGAAACAUGAAGCAACAUAGAGGUGUAUUUGAGAUGUGCACGCUUCUGUUACUUCAGGUCCUACUGACUGUCGUGUUAUCCCUGUUCACUGUGUACUAUGUCCACAUAAGUAAUCCCUGGGCCACCUUUUGUUAUCUACCUCUUCUGCAUUGUGUUUUUUGAUAGCGGCUACUUCUGCACUGGAUUUCCAAACCAUCUCUACCAUUUAAUAUCUAGAACGCCAGGCGUGGCAUGCAACAUACAAGAUGGAGCAUGUUAAGGGGUAAUGAAAGCUCUUGUUGCUGCCAAGUCCCAGGGACUAGAAUCAUAUUAGAUUGCCGUUUGAAUUCUGAGAGUAUAGGCUCAGCAUGCAGAGCCUGGGGGGUUAGCAUCUAUUAUGCAUCUGGCUGGCUUUUAUCUUGGUCCAACAUGUGGUAGAACAUUAAGAAUUUUGAAGAUCAAAUGUCUUCAGAAGCUAUUCUGUGUCGAAGAGGGAGUUAAUGAUGAACUGUGUGCCUUCAUUUCCUUUGCAUGUCCAAAAUGCAAAGCAGGGGUCCUUUUGGGUUGUGUAUCAAUAGGACCAAAUCAAUGAAUGUCAGCACUUCCAAAGCAGUAUUUAAAUGUGUGUUAAGUACACUGUGUACAGAGGGGAGGUGGAGCUCUCUUGAAGAACAGCUAGCUGAUGUAGAAUAAACAUAGAUGUAUGAUUUCUGUUAAUGUGCAGGAUGACAUGGAUGUGAAUUAUCUCCCUCUCUGCUUAACAGUCUCUUUUUGUAAAGGCUUUGGGGGGUGGGGGUUAAGAAGAAAACCUUUCAGGCUCUUCUUUAUCCCACCAUUUACACUUGUUAGCUUACAAGACACUUCUGUUCCUAGCAAAAAUGUAGGCAAAAGAAUGACAGUGAGGCACUGUAAAUGUAAAUAUAUAUAGUGAAGAAAGAUAAAGCAUAAUUGUGAGUUGUCAACCAAACAGUUGUGCCUUCCAUAUCUCUCACUGCCAGAAAACCCUCUAUCUUUGAUAGACUAGAUACUUUUUUCGAUAUGUGAUACCUGGCUGUCGACUCCUGACAUACAUUCAAUACAACACAACUAUCCAUAACUGCCUUUUUACAGUGAGGUUUUAAGUGAUAGUGUGUGCUUUUUUUUAUGUAUGAAAAGAUGUCAUUGAUCUUCUCAGAUAAAGGAAACACACUUCUUUUGGCAACACUUGAAUGAUAAAAAAUGAUGUGUGCAUUUUUAACGGUCAAGCAGAAACUGGAAUUCUGUAACAUACAAACUGCUAGUUUCCAAAUGUAAGCCCUUCAAUUGGUUCUUUUUGUAUUUCUCAACCGGAACACAUGCAAUAAACAGGCAGUCUGCCAAAAUAAA